GGGGUUAGUCAGAUUCCAACAGCCUGGGGCGAUGGAUCCAUCCUCCAGCAGAAGCGUGCUACAGCUUGCCGAAGAGGCAGAUCCGGAGACGGGAACAGUGAUGGAGACGGAGAUGGAAACGGAUGCCUCUAAAAUGGCAGAGCAUCGGGGAUAUGCCGAGGCCCUUUCCUUGUCCGGAAGGAGUAACAAGCGACGCUUGAACCGGAGGUCCUGCGGCACUGGCCAGAUCCUGACUGCAAGCGCCAUUUUCUUCGCCCUGAUGCUCAUCGUCGGCGCCAUUUUUAUGCACUUAAAGCACAAGCAUCAUCUGGGCAGGCUGCACAUCCAUCUGAGGGACCACGCGGAGCACCUACCCCUUGUGGCCGCAGCUGGAGUGGCUGCCCAGACGAUAACAACAUUCCAGCCAGCAACGGAUCCUUCUCCAUCUUCUGCGACUCAACCUCCUCCUUCAACUCCUGCCACUCAACCACCUCCUUCAUCUCCUGCGAGUCAACCUCCUCCUUUAUUUGCUCCUCCCCGCCUGGUAACCGACGAGUGUCUGGCCUGCAUAGCCAUUGCCGCCACGAAUAAUGUUCCUGGAGUUUGCAGGAGUAAAGUAGGCGAUGAAUGGCCGUGCGGCAUUUAUCGCAUCUCCCCUGGCUACUGGGAGGACGCACAGCGGUUAAUUGAUCCAAAGGACACGCUGGCAAGGGACUACAAAGGAUGCGUGGUGGAUGAUGACUGUGCCGGCAGGAUUGUGAGGAGCUAUGUGGAACGGUAUGCCUUUGAUUGCAACCAAGAUGGACGGAUCGAGUGUCGGGAUCAUGCUAUACUCCAUAUGCGAGGACCUAGUGGCUGCCGGAGGCAGGAGCACCUGACGUCCCCGGUGGAAAAGCGUCUGGAAGUGUGUUUGAUAUAG